CAUAAUCUGGAGGGGGCUUAAAGUCCAUAUGUUUUUUUUUCUUUCAAAAGUACGAAUAGUGACGUACGCUGCUAUUUUUUUACUCGAUUAUGUAAAAUCGAUUUUGAAAUGAAAGGAAAUAAUAAUGAAAUAUGUACCUACAUAAUACACGUAGUGAAAAGCAAUAGUAGGUGCAUUGUAUUAAUAAUUAUAUAAUUAAGGGCGAUAAACAAGAUUUACGAACGAGUGGGAAUUGAACAAACGAACAAACUUAAUACAGGUCUGUUUGCGGCAUGGACCCCAUGAUACUGGCGGCAUUACCUCUCUGUAUGGCAAGGGAAAUACGUUGAGAGAGGUACGCGCCAGCCCUGGGGUCCCCUGUGAUAAUUAUAUAGUAUUAGUCAGUAACAAGUUGACCGAACGAGGAAGCACGAGUUUGCCAUAUUGUUCUUCUCUGAAGGUCCGCAAAAACUCCUGAGGCCAAUCUAAGUUGCUAAUUCCUCACCUCAGCGCACGCACCUCUGGAAUUACAACUGUUCACAAUAAAUAAUCUUGUUGGGAUUAACAGCUUAGCCGCACAAGUUUGAUUGAUCAUCUCUCUCUCUGCUGUUAUAAUUAUAGAAUGGGUAUCAUGAAUAACUACCUACCUAAACGAAAACCGGAGCUUAUUGAGUGUGAAAAAACAAAUGCGAUGGCACCAUAAACGACCUCUGAUAUCAGCUGAUGACUUUGAGUAGUUAUCGCAUCGUGCAGCUACUUAUAAGGCCGCCGACAUGCUGGACACGCACUUUGAUUCGGCGGGUGACGAAACGGAUAAUUCGAAAUGGCCACCAAAAAGUUUGCAGGUCCUUCCCCGUACACCUUCAAAAGCUCUUACCCAGCUGAGGACUUCUUUCAUACCGAGUAUGUCGAGUCGGUGACUGCUGACACAAGCGCCAAGAAGAAGGUCGCCCCGGUGGUCGGCGCUAUCUUCGGUCUCGGCCGCGCCGGCUCCAUCCACCUGUCUAGCAUCAUCAGAAACCCCCGCGUCAUCGUCAAGUACAUCGUCGAUGACCGCAAGGAGAGGUUCGCCGAGCUCAGGGCCUACUGGGGCCUCAGCGACGAUGUGCAAUUCAUCACCUCCAAGGACGCUGGCCGUGUCUACAAUGAUAAGACUGUCAACGUUGUCUUCAUUGCUUCCCCAACAUAUACCCACCAUGACAUCGUAGUCAAGUCCAUCGCCAACGACAAGGAUGUGUACUGUGAGAAGCCUAUUGCUGAGAACAUUGAAGACACUAAGAAGUGCUACGAAGCCGCUAGAGCCAAGGGCAAGGCUCUGUUCGCCGCCUUCAACCGUCGCUUUGACGACUCCUACAGGUCUUUAAAGGACAGAGUUAGGAAGGGUGAGGUCGGCCACGUUCAGGUUCUCAAGGUCACCGCCAGGGAUUCCCCUCUGCCCUCCGUUGACUACCUCAGAACUUCAGGUGGAAUCUUCCACGACUGCUUGGUGCACGACUUCGACAUGGCGUGCUGGGUGCUCGGCGAGCUGCCGAUACGCGUGCAGGCGCACGCCACCGCCCUCGUCCCUGAGAUCAAGGCCAUCGAUGACUUUGAUAACGUGGCCUUCCUGCUAUCCUUCCCAUCGGGUGCCGUGGCCAUCGGCGACAACAGCCGCUUCUCCGCCUACGGCUACGAUCAGAGGCUCGAGGCUUUCGGAAACAAGGGAAUGAUUAAGGUAGAAAACGAGAGGCCCACCGCCGCCGUCGAGGCGUACAUCGGCCACGAGGGCAUCAAAAAGAGCCCUAUCUUCUACUCCUUCCCCUCCCGCUACAAGCGCGCCUACCAGAAGGAGUUGGAGCACUUCCUCGAUGUGAUUCAAUACAAAGUGCCAAUGGAAGUCACCAGCUGGCAGACACUGGCCAUCAGCAAGUUGGCGACAGCGGCGGAACAGGCCGCUCGCACCGGCAAGGCUGUAGAGCUGGACUGGAGCAAGGAUGGAAUUCCCGCCCAAUACUCUUAGACCAACUUUUGCCGAUCUUGGACUUCUUGCCGAUCUUGUAAAUAAUCCGCAAAACUUUUAAUGAUAAAUUAAUGAAUAAAUGCAUAAGUAUAACAAUUA